AUGUUCUCGACAGUCCCCCAUCUCCUCCUCUCCCUUCUCUGCCUCCUCGGCGCCUCCGUUCGAGCCGACGAUGGCUCCGGCGUCAUCGUCCAGAAGUUCCUGGACUCGAUGACAACGACGGUCGUCUCGGGCGUAGAGGCGGCCAUCGGAGCGCUAUUCUCGGACGAAUUCGAGUUCAUCGGCUGCAAAGGAAACUACACGAAGAAGAAGGUCGUGAAGAUGUUGAGCCAUCUGCCAGCGGGAGCCAAUUUGAAGAUGACCCUCAAGUCUUCCUACUACCGAGACGAUAACCCGAAGUCGAAUGAGAUCGAGUACCACGUGCUGGUCUCCGGAUUCGGACCGUCCAUCGAGGCCUACUUCCUCAUUCACUCCUACAACGGAAAGUGGGUUCUCGAGCGUGGAAUGAUCCCGAAGUGCCCGAAGAGAAGACCAUUCGGCGACGACGUGGAGAGAAGUUUUGCCGUGGCGGUGGAUUCCGAUUCGGAUCUCGUAGCGAAGAACUUCAUUGAGAAAAUGGUCAAAGUGAUUGAAUCCGGCGAUAAGGACUCCAUUUCCGGACUCUUCGCCGAUCAGUUCGCGUUCAGAGGAUGCAAGAAGGCGUAUAACAAGAGUGAGUACCAAUUACCGCUUUCUAUUAUAUUGUUGUCUUUUUACAGAGAUGGCCGUCGAAAUGCUCUCGCAGCUACCGAAGGGAUCGACAUUCUCAAUCACUUUCAAGAGGUCCCGAGAGCUUUCUCUUGCGGAAAUCGAGUACGAAGUGGACUUUGUGGGACUCGGACAGACGUUCGACGCCUACUUCACCAUCCACAAUUACGACGGAACCUACAAACUCAUCUACGGAUCCCGCCCGACGUGUCCCAAAAGAAUCAGUCGAUUUGCGAUCGCCAGAGGAACGGAUGGAUCCGAAGUGAUCGCGCAGGCGUUCGUCGGCGCUCUCGUGUUUGCCAUCGCCUCCAAGGACGAGACCAGACUCGCCAAACUGAUCGACGACUCUUUCGUGCUCAAAGGAUGCAAGAGCACCUACACAAAGGCCUCACUCCUCGCGCUCAUCGCCAAGAUUCCGAAAGGAACGGACUUCUCGAUUACUUUCAAAGAAUCCCACUACAUCAACGGCAACACCGACAUCGUCUACAGCGUCGCGCUCUCCGGAUUGGGACCGGCCAGCGAGGCUCAGUUCGUGCUCCAUCAAUCGUCCGGACAGUUCGUUCUGAUCAGCGGAAAGGUUGUGAAGUGCCCGAAGAGCAGACGAUUCGGCGACGACGUGGAGAGAAGUUUUGCCGUGGCGGUGGAUUCCGAUUCGGAUCUCGUCGCCAAGAACUUCAUUGAGAACAUGGUCAAAGUGAUCGAAUCCGGCGAUAAGGACUCCAUUUCCGGACUCUUCGCCGAUCAGUUCGCGUUCAAAGGAUGUGAGGGCACGUACAGCAAGAGUAAGAAUCAUUUUCUCGUCCUUCUCCAUCAUUGUGUUAUUGCAGACAUGGCCGUCGAAAUGCUCUCGAAACUUCCAAAGGGAUCCACAUUCUCAAUCACUUUUAAGAGGUCCCGAUUCCUAUCUUUAUUCGAGGUUCAGUACGAAGUGGACUUUGUGGGACUCGGACAGACGUUCAACGCCUACUUCGCCAUCCACAACUACGACGGUGACUACAAACUCAUCUACGGAUCCCGCUCGGACUGCCCUAAAACAAUCAAUCGAUUUUUGAUGGCCAGUGGAACGGACGGAUCCGAAGUGAUUGCGCAGGCGUUCGUCGGCGCCCUCGUGUCUGCCAUCGCCUCCAAGGACGAGACGAGACUCGCCAAACUGAUCGACGACUCUUUCGUGCUCAAAGGAUGCAAGAGCACCUACACAAAGGCCUCACUCCUCGCGCUCAUCGCCAAGAUUCCGAAAGGAACGGACUUCUCGAUUACUUUCAAAGAAUCCCACUACAUCAACGACAACACCGACAUCGUCUACAGCGUCGCGCUCUCCGGAUUGGGACCGGCCAGCGAGGCUCAGUUCGUGCUCCAUCAAUCGUCCGGACAGUUCGUUCUGAUCAGCGGAAAGGUUGUGAAGUGCCCGAAAAGACUUCUUGCUCAUUUUGUCGAUGAUGGAUCGGAAGCGAUCGUCCGUGGAUUCUUGGUCACUAUGCAGAAAGCGAUCAAUUCCGGAAACAAGACAGCGAUCGGCUCCCUUUUCGAGGACAAGUACAUUUUCCACGGGUGCAAAAGGGACUACUCCAAGAGUAAGUGUGUCAAUCAGAAGCCGACAAUAUGCGCGUACUUGCAGAAGAAGUGGUCAAGGCGCUGAGCAAUCUUCGUUCGGCUCGUUCCUUCAACAUCGUCUUCAAGUCGUCGACGUUCCUCACCGGCGAAAACGACAUCGAGUACCACGCGGUGGCCUUUGGACCCGCUGCCGAGUACAUUUUGCACACCUCCGGAGAGAAUCACGUUCUGAGCAGCGGAAGAGUCGAGAAGUGCCCAGACAGACGGCCCUACGAUUUCUUCGAACGUCUUUACAGUCGCAAAUAA